CAGGGCAAGGCAGGGCAGCGCCGCCCCGCUCCAGCCUCCCCGCCCUCCCGGCGCUCCCACAUAAGGAGCCGGAGCCGGAGCCGGAGCCAGCGCUGUGCGCAGGGCGGCAGCUCCGUCAGUCCCAGCGUCGGGAUCGCAGGCGGAGCCGGUGCCGGAGAGCGCAGCCCGGGAGGCCUAGCCGGAGCGGGAGCAGCUAAACCGGGAUCAAAGGUGGAGGAGCACUUACACCGGGAUCAGACGCGGAGCGGGCGGAGCAAACAGGGAGCAGGCUAGGAAUCGGGAGCAACUAAACUGAGAUCAGAUCAGGAACGCGAACCCGGGAUCAAACAGAAUCAGAUCUGGAGCAGAUAGACUGGGAUCUAACCAGGAUCAGAUCAGGAGCAGAUAGACUGGGAUCAGAUCUGGAAUAUCUGCAGAUAGACAGGGAUCAAAACAGGAUCGGACUGGGAUCAAUCGAGGAUUGGAAAGAGUGGGUGGGAUCCGACAAGGAAUCAGCAGAUAUCCUGGGACUGGACCAGGACUCAGGAUCAGGUAGACUGGGAUCAAAUAGGAUCAGGUAGACUGGGAUCAAACAGGAUCAGGUAGACUGGGAUCAGACCAGGAGCAGAUAUACCAGGGUCAGGCCAGGAGCAGGUAGACCAGGGUCAGACCAGGAUCAGACAGACUGGGAUCAGGCCCAGAUCAGUCCAGGAUUAGAUAGACCGGGUCAAACCAGGAGCAGAUAGAUUGGAAUCGGACCAGGAAUCGGGAUCAAUUAACAGCAUUACCGGCUUUGAGCAGAGAAAAGGUUCUAUUGCUACUCUACCCACUCCGAAUCAAUACAAUCCAUGCACAGGGUGAAGGGACCUCAGCCACCUCCCAGGUCAACACCCCAAUGGUGAAUAGUGACCAGUCUCCAAGUUCAGGAGACCUAUUGCUCUUUUAGUUUGCGAUUGAACGCUGAAUAUUGACUGCUUAUCAUCGCUUUAUUCAUUCAUCUUUGCCAGAUCAAUCAUCGUUGCUGGAUUAUACCGAUCAUUGAUUAAUGGAUCGCCAAUUCAUCAGUUUAUUUGUUGACUUAUCAAUGCUGGAUUAUUGAUGACUAGUUGCUGUGCAGAGCCAGGUUAUUGAUCAACAUUGCAAGACUAUUCGUCGACUAUUGUUGAAUGACCAAUGGUUUAUUGAUUCAUUGUGAUUGGGCAUCUAAAUGACUCGCAAAGUGAUCCAGGCUAGUCCUAGUUUAUCACUAGCUGCUCAUUGCUUCUCGCCUCUUCAUGGGUUUGAUCAUACGAAGAGUGGGCCAAGUGGAUGAAAUGCCGGGGUUGAAGGUGUGAAGGCUUCAUCUCUGAACACUCCUGGAGCACCCCGUCUCCCCUUGCAUUCCGCUCCCGAGUCCGGGGAAGAUGUGAAUCAGGUUGGGGUAGGUCCGCUGGGAGGGGGAGGAGGGCAGGCAGAGAGAUGGCGAGGGAAACAAACCUGAGAUUGGACUUGCCCAGCGAGGUCCUGGUGCCGGACUGCGGGCCCUACUCGGCCCCCGUGUCGGGCGCGAUGCUCGGCUGCAACUGUAUGCGACCCUCCUCAUACCGGGCGCUGUGCAGCGCUGUGUCCACCCUGGCCAGGAUCGACGACUUCUACUGCGAGAAGAUCGGCUCGGGAUUCUUCUCGGAAGUGUUCAAGGUUCAACACCGGAUAUCGGGGCAAGUGAUGGUCCUCAAGAUGAAUAAGUUGCCGAGUAACCGCGCCAACAUGCUCCGUGAGGUCCAGCUGAUGAACCGUCUCUCCCAUCCCAAUAUCCUGCGGUUCAUGGGUGUGUGUGUGCAUGAGGGACAGUUACAUGCUCUAACGGAGUACAUAAACGGAGGGAGCCUGGAACAGGUGUUGGCCAGCAAGGACCACCUAUCGUGGUUGGUGCGCAUCAAGCUAGCACUGGACAUUGCCAAAGGACUCUGCUAUCUGCACUCCAAGGGGAUCUUCCACCGAGACUUGACGUCCAAGAACUGCCUGGUGAAGUGUGAGGAUAAGUCCUACACUGGUGUGGUGGGAGACUUUGGCCUUUCAGAGAAGAUCCCAAAUUACAGCGGUGACGGGGAGAAGGAGCGAUUGGCGGUGGUGGGAUCACCCUACUGGAUGGCACCCGAGGUCCUGAGAGGAGAGCUAUACGACGAGAAGACGGAUAUCUUCGCUUACGGCAUCAUUCUGUGCGAGAUGAUUGCCAGAAUACCCGCUGACCCCGACUACAUGCCCCGCACUGAGAACUUUGGGCUGGAUGUGAAGACUUUCGAGAAGAUGGUGGGAGACUGUCCGCCUGUAUUCCUGGACCUGGCUGUCCUCUGCUGUGAUCUGGAUUCCCACCAAAGGCCAUCUUUUGCUGAUAUUACGCAGCGGCUGGAAGUGAUCCUGGAACAGAGGCAGUACGAGAACACGGAACCAGAUGUAGAAACAGCAAGGGAACAUCACAUAGCCGUUGAAGUAUCAAGAGUGCACAAUGGGAGCGGCGGCGAGUGCCGGGAGGCGGCGAGGAGGAUGGACGGCGGUGGCAGCGGUGAUGGUGGCGGCCUGUCCCCCGGGCCGAGCCCCGCUCUGUCCAACAGCCUGCGGGUCCAGUGCGAGCCGCGCCUGUCCCGCAGCCACUCGGACAUGUUGUCGCCGCCGCUGGCCGAGCUGGGUGCCCGCGUCAACCCCUUCUCGGGCCGGGACGACCUGAAGGGCGGCAAGACCAAGCUGUACGACUCGCCCAGCAAGUCUGUGAUCUCGCUGAGCUUCGAGCUGCCGCUGCCCCCCUCCGCCGACUGCCAUGCCCGCCACCGCCUGGCCAUGCCCGCUACCCCGGAGCCGCUGCUGCUCCUGCCCGCCCGCGGCCUACCUGCUCUGCUGCUGCCCGCCCGCUGCCGCUCGCUGCCCACCUCGCCCGUGCUCCGCCGCGGCACGCCCUUCUUCCGCCUGGAGCGGGAGGCGGAGACGGAGACGGCCGACUGCAGCGACGAGGAGGAGGAUGAUGUUGAGCGGCCGGAGCGAUCAGGAGAGGCCGAGGCCGCCAGCAGCAGCGGCGGCGACGACGACGACACUGUGAGGGAAAGCGAACCCGAGCGCCAUCUUCCCGGCGCCGGUUCGCCCGAGCAUGAGCAUGCGCACACGGCGGCGGCCGGCACCCGAGCCGGCGGGUUGUCGGGCAGUGCGCACGCGUCGGAGGAGAUGGCCGGCGCUCCCGGAGGCAGUGCGCAGGCGCCGGCGGCAGCGGCCGGCUUGGCGGACAGUGCGCAGGCGCCGGUGUCGACGAUCGACGUGCGUGCCGGUCGGCGGGGCGAGGCCGCGCAGGCGCCGGAGCCGCCGGCCUGCGAUGGCGGGCAGGAGCCUGAGGAGGCGCUGUCGUGCACCGGCUGCUGCCUCGGCGGCUUCGCCUUCUUCCCGCCCGUCUGCCUGCGUCCCGCCGCCAGGCCCGCCCGCUACCGCAGCCUCAGCUGUGAGUCCGAGCAGGGCCCCCGGCACAUCCCGCAGGCCUAGCCGAGGCCCGGAGAGAGAAGCUGCUCCCCUGGAGAUCCCCAUCACCCCCUUCCCCACAACAUCACCAUGGAGACCCUUCCCCAUCUCCAUGGUGACCCUUCCCCAUCACCAUGGAGACCCUUCCCCAUCUCCAUGGUAACCCUUCCC